CAUACUGGCCGCCUUGUUAUCGGAGACCACAGAUCAACCUCUCACUUCAGGACAGUACACUGGACAAUGCAGGGGAAGAAGACAAGAAAAUGAACGAAGAAUUGGAGUCUCAGUACCAACAAAGCAUGGACAGCACGAUGUCUGGACGCAACCGGCGCCAUUGCGGACUUGGUUUCAGUGAGUUUCAGGAAAGUGAAGACCAAGACGACAUUGCUGGACACUCCUCUGAAGAGAGUUCAGAGGACUCUGAAAGUGGCUCUGAGUCAGAGCAAGAGGAGUCUGCAGAGGAGCUACAAGCUGCUGAAAAACACGAUGAAGCUGAGGUUCCAGAAAACAAGAAAGAGGCAAAAAACAACUAUAAAAUGAUGUUUGUUAAAGCCAGUGGUUCAUAACUGCAGAUGUAACACCUUUGUAUUUAAAGUACAGUAAGCCUUAUUGUUACCGUGCAAAGUGGAGGACUGCUACAGCACAAAUCUUUGUAUUAUGAUUUUAAAAAGACCCCGUUAGAUGACAAAAAGUAGUAUUUGCUUUCUGUUGCUAUGGAUAACAUUUUUAUGGGCACAGUGGUAUUACUGGUUUUUGUAAAGUGUAUAAAAUUCUGGAUGGAAAAAUAAAUUCUUUUUGUUCUUGCCCAAUCUCUAGAAUGUUAUCUAAACUAUCCCUCCCCUUGUUCCAUGCCAGAUAAGGCAACUUCAUGUUAGUUGGUUUCUUUAGUUAGUACCCCAGUCUUGAAUUUUUAACUAUUAAGAUUACAUGUGAAUUACUGGAUGUUGCAUUAGUUGUGAAAUACCAAUAGCAGCACUAUUCUGUGAUGUCUAGAGCUUUAAACAAUGAUUUUUGUCUGUAGAUGCUAGUGUUGACAGGGCUAAGAGGAGAAAUCACUCACUUUUGUGACAAUAUUAAUCACUGUAGC